AUGCAAGUUGAAGAAUUACCUGUCAAUUUGUUGGAUCCCUAUGAUGUAUUAUUUUUUUCACGAACUCAAGAAGUUUUUUCAUCAGAUGAAAUGUUUGAAGACACUGAGUAUGAUAGUAACGCUGAUACUAUCGAACUAAUUAAUGAAAUGGAUACAAUUAGUCUAAAUAAUGACAAUCAAAUUGAAUUAAACAACACAGAAAGAAAUGUGAUUUCAGAAAAAAAAGCCAAAAUAUCUGUGCAAUUACCCACACCACCUGAUUUUGACUAUUUUAAAUAUAAUGUACCAUUUCACAAAG